AUGCGGCGCUACGUCAUGGCUGCCAACACGUUGGCUUCGUUCCCCUCGGUCGGACUCACUCAUCCGGCUCUCACUUCACUUACACCUGACCACAGCCAAACUCAUCUCAUCUCACAACAACAGCUCACCUCAUCCGUCACACUCAACGCCAUGGACAUCCUACUCUCCCUCCCGAUAGUCUCCUACUUCCUCGCCCCCUCCAUAACCUCCUGGACGACCUCUCUCAACCUCCUCUUCUUCUACAUGACCUGGACAACCCUCGUCCUCUCCCAUGGUCCCCUCAAGAUCCAGUUUCUCGGCGCCGUAGCCAUCCGCCUCAUCCUCUGGCUCAUCCCCUCCCUCGCCUUCCUCCUUUUCGACACCCUCCUCCCCUCCCUCUCCGAGUCAAUAAAGACAGCCGGCGCCGCAGCCCUCCCGCCAACCCACGGCCCAACCCUCCUCAAGACCCUCGCCCUCGCCCUCUUCAACCUUGCCCUAUCCGCCGCUCUAGAGGGGGCCACAAGCCUGGCGUACGCAUCCUACUUCCACGAGCCCCUCUUCCGCGCAUCCUCGGCCCUGCCGCUGCCGUUCCAGCUCCUGAAGCACGUCGCCUUCCUCAUCGUCGCGCGCGAGGUUCUGACAUACUACAUCCACACGCGCAUCUUACAUUCCCGCGGCAGACGCCUCACUUCUACGCGUGUAGGCAAGCUUCAUGCUUCGUACGCCCAUGCUCGCGCCGCGCCGCCGUUCUCGCUGAUGCUCUUCGCCGACCACCCGAUCCCGUUCCUGCUCCACCGCAUCGUUCCUAUCUUCGUACCGGCCGUGGUUCUUCGUCCCCAUCUGUUGACUUACUUCCUGUUCGUUGGGUUCUGUACCAUCGAGGAGACCAUGGCUAUGUCUGGGUACAGCGUCGUUCCGGGUAUCGUCAUGGGCGGAAUCACGCGUCGGACAGCGAUUCACUAUGCGGGGCAAGGGGACGGAAACUUUGGUGCUUGGGGCGUGUUGGACUGGGCUCAUGGCACGAGCGAGGGGCAGGACGUGAUUGAUGAUAUGAAAGCCGAGGCAGAGAAGCACCGAAUCAAAGAGCGGAGUGAGAGGGCGGCCAACAAUGGUGUUGGAUUCGUGCAAGGUGGCAUCCAGGAGUUGAAGAAGGGCCGCGGACGCAAGGGUAAGAAGAGUAACUAA